AUGGCCUCUUGACAUGUACUUGUGGCAGGACAAGUUGUCCAAAUUUUAUCACAACAAACAUGUAUUUCCCAAUUGGAUGGCCAAAAUAUCUUAGGAAUUCACAUAAUGAUUCCUCUCCAAUCGAUUUCAUUGUCAGUAGUUGUGAUCGGAUGUUUUUUGCCGUUCUCUCGGAUGAUACUCUGACAAUUUGGUAUUCAAAGCCCUCAAUACAGAUAGUAAGUCACAGUCUGUCACAGAAGCAGCUGGAAGAAUAUGGAGGAUAUUGUCAGGCAGAAUGGAAGCAGGACUCUUCCAUGCUGGCUGUCAUUACCACAAAGUGCUAUGUUUUGUUCUUCAAAGUGGAAAUUGACAUCUCAGUGUCCAACCACAACUGUUUGUAUGUACAGCAAGAAGGAAGAAGUAUUCCAACACCACGUCACAACAUCAACGGCAUCCUAGACAGCGACAGUGUUCCUGCCCUGAAAGUGUCCUGGGUGUCACAGAUACAGCUAUCAGAUAACAUCUCCUGCUGUCUAUGUGUCCGAGAUGAGCUGGUGGUGAGCACGGCAGAUGGCUAUCUAAACCGGGUACGCUGGAGCGGCAACAAGAAUGACAAAGCUACAUUGCAUCUGCGUGAUAUCCCAGUCUCCACGGACCUGCAGCAGUUUAGAGCCUCCAAGCUGACAGACAGUGAUGGCUACGUGGUUCACAUGGAGUACAGCCCCACUCUGGGAGGAUACAGCAUGGUGCUGUCUAGUGGCAAGGCCAUCUUUGUCAUUCCUCCUUCAUCAAGAUCAGAGAAAACUAGUGCUCAUGGUGUUUGCGAAGAUCUGUCAAAUGCUACCUCUCUGGCCGUCAACCACAGAUACAGGCUUAUAGCAUUUGGAUGUAAAAGUGGUGAGGGGAUUGUGUACAUGAUAGAUGAAGUUGUUGGAGCGCUGGAAAUCUCACAUAAACUAGUCAUCUCUAGCAGGGACUACCCAGAUGCUGCCACCAUUGCUGGCUCUGUGCAGUGCAUGAAGUGGACACCAGAUGGCACUGCCAUUGCUCUCACCUGGAAGAACGGUGGCUUCUCCUUGUGGAGUGUGUUUGGGGCAUUGCUAGUCUGUACACUAGGUGGUGAUUACAGCUCCCCUUUGGAUGGCAUUCACCUGUACCCUUCCUCUGUCAAGUCUAUGGAGUGGGGUCUAGAGGGCUACCAUCUGUGGAUGAUUUCUAACCAAUGCGAAGGAGGCGUGUCCCAGGAGAAGGAAGGGGAGGGCCUGGAGAAUGGGGAGGGGAUCUACCAACAGUGUCACAAGUCAGUUCUGUUGCAGUUCCAGUUCCUCAAGAGUGCCCUAUCAGUCAACCCAUGCAUGGCCAACCAUGAACAUGUAUUUCUCCAAGGGGAGGAUAAGCUAUACAUGAGUACUGGAGACACCAUCUCCCGGACGUCUAGUCACCAUCACCAUCAUCACCACCACCAUCAUAACCCUCAGCACAUACGCAACAACACCUCAUGUCUUCUAGGCAAUGUGUUCAUCGGCAACAAGCAGUGGCAGGUCAUCCCUAUAUCACACAGCUAUCUGGCCAGCAACUGGCCAAUCAGGUAUUCAGCAGUGGACCGGGUUGCUGGGCAGUGUGUGGCAGUGUCAGGGAAGACAGGCUUCGCUCACUACGCGCUCUUCAACAGAAAGUGGAAGUUGUUUGGGAAUGAAACACAAGAGCGGGACAUGGUUGUGUCAGGUGGCAUCACCUGGUGGAAGGACUUCAUCUGCUUGGCCUGCUACAACAUCCCAGGUCAGAGGGACGAGAUCCGAUUCUAUCCCAGUGGCACUAAGCUGGACAAUACGUUUGCUCAGAUAACCAAGGUGCCUGCUCAGGUCCUCCUCCUCAACACAUUCAGGGACAUCCUCAUCAUCUUCUGUGCUGAUAGCCACGUCAUGCUCUUUAGUCUGGAGAGGAAAAAUACUCAGUCAAAUCCAGCAGUGACUAUCAGCAAAAUUCAGGAGGUGCCCCUCAACCAGUUUAUCCCCCACCCCCUGUGUGUAGCUGGCCUCACACUCACCUCCCUCACAUCUGAGUCAGGAACACAGAUAAAGCAUACUUCCAAAGAAGCUGAGAGUAUGUUGUUGAAUGUAUCUGGUAAACUGUUGAUGUUUCAACGAGACCGCAGAGGUCCACAGAUCAAAGAUGAAGAUCAUAAAUAUAGAUCGGUGCCGUUCUGUCCGCCGUCUGUCGUAGCUACCUCUGUAGAAAAUCUCUGGACAACCUCCAGGGCCAACCUGGGCAAGAUGCAAUUACUGGAAGCCAUGUGGCUGGGCUGUGGCUCACACGGGAUGAAGGUGUGGUUACCUUUGUCGAAGAAUGAGGGAAAAGCUCACAACUUCAUGUCAAAACGAAUAAUGCUGCCAUUCAAAGUGGACAUUUACCCUCUAGCUGUGCUAUUUGAGGAUGCUGUUAUUUUGGGCGCUGCAUGUGAUGCUGUGGUGUACGACGUCUCUUCUCCCGGCCAGGACAAGUCAGCUCUUCCUCUGACACUACUCGAGAGAACUAGUCAGAUUUAUCUCCAUCAUAUACUGAGGCAGCUGCUGAGGAGAAACCUGGGCGUGCAUGCUCUGAACCUGGCCCGGUGCUGUACGGAGCUGCCCUACUUCCCCCAUGUACUGGAGCUGCUGCUACACGAGGUGCUGGAGGCCGAGGCCACGUCUAAAGACCCCAUUCCAGACCCUUUGUUGCCGCGAGUGGUAGCAUUUAUCCAGGAAUUCCCGGAGUACCUCCAAACCGUGGUCCACUGUGCCAGGAAGACGGAGGUUGCUCUUUGGCCCUACCUCUUCUCCACAGUUGGCAACCCAAAAGAUCUGUUUGAGGAGUGUCUGAUCAAUGACACCCUGGAGACAGCAGCAACCUACCUCAUCAUCCUUCAAAACCUGGAGAAACCCAUGGUCAGCAGACAGCAUGCUACCCUCCUGCUGGACGCAUCGCUGGACGCCGGCAAGUGGGAACUAUGUCGGGACUUGGUCAGGUUCCUCAAAGCCAUAGAUCCGAAUGAGGCUGAGAUGUCUCCACCGAUCGGAAUGUUCAGUCGAGUGGGGUCGGGGUCGUCAUACCCUGCAGCAUCUCUCAGUCCGCCGAUCUCACCAACGGACGCAGGAGGGUUCAACUUCAGCAAUGUCAGCAAUGUGGGCCGAGUGCGGACAUCAAGCAUGGUGGCUGACCCAGUCCGAGAUCUACCAAAACCUAAAGACAAACUCAAACACACUGCCUCAGACCCUUUGGUUAGAAAAGGGUCGGUGUCCAGCAAGACCAAGAUGAAUGAGCCCACAGCAGAGCAGGUGUACAUAGACAUGAUCCUGUGUCGACAUGCUCGUAAACUGCUCAGCUCCAACCAGAUCCGCACACUGGGCUACUUCGCUUCCAACAUGGAUGACUUCCAGCUUGUCUCCUGGCUCCGUAGGGAGAGGGUUCGUGCAGCCAAGCUGGAUGACUUUGUAACAGCCCUCCGUGACAUCCACCAACAGUUUGACUGGCCUCUGCCAAUCUUGUCCUACCAUCAACUGAAGAAGAGCAUGGCAUAUUCGUCAUCUAGUCUUGGGUCAUCAGUGCUAGAGGAGGACACAGCUAGUCCGCUGACUGACAGUGACAAGCCCAUGACAGACAGCCAGGAGCCGGUGCUGUUGACACCAUUCUGCGCUGUCCGCUCACCUCCCACUGAAUCCUUCAUGUCCCAGUCAACGUCGGACGAUGUGUUUCUCAGACCACAGCAUUCCAAGACUGAAGACAGUAGUGUUGCCACGCUGGAGGUGUCUGACAGCAGUUCCCUACUGGGGGAGUAUGAGGUGGUCAACGACACACUCAACAGUGACAAUGUCACGCCCGACAUUGAGCACAUGUCACAAGAGAUUGCAAACAAGGGGCCUGUACAGUCCGAGGUGGAACUAAGGUACCUCCUCCAGAUCAUGCUAGAAGCUGGCUGUCUGGAGUGGGCUCUGAUCAUGGCCACGGUGUUGCGAGACACGCUGGGGGUGACAAGGACGGUGAACACAGCCAGUCUGACAGACACGCCCCUGGACAUGGCAGCCAGGAUGAGGGAGGGGUUGUCCUACCUGGAGCUUUGGGCAGACACAGAGUGUAUGGGGUACAAGGCGUUCUUCCAUUCUAUCAAGAGUCAGAUUCACGUGUUGGAGAAGGUCGUAGAGCAGUCCCAGUCGUUGCUGGACGUCAGCAUCCCGCAAUGUGACUCCCCGACGCUUGAUGAAGCAAAUGCAUCACCAGAGGCUCAAUCAAUGCGUUCAGACAGUCAGGAGGUCGUGUCUGAUACUGAGGAAAUUGUGGCAAAAGAUGACAAGUCCAACGAUUGUUCUAUAAGUUAAGAAUAAGAAGGUCUAGCCAUCCUCUAGGAAAGUUACUGGGAAAUAAAUCUCAACCAUCGUGCCAAACUGAGAUGCGAUGUCGCAUAUCGCGAUAUGUACAUACACUGAAUAUUUGUGAAUAUGUGAAACUGUGUUAUAUAUAUAUAUAUCAGGUUGCCAUGGGAACAAGAUCCAAAGAGAGGUUUAUCAGAGGUCAAAUUUACUGUCACAAGUAUGAUAUGUUCUGAACGAGAGACAGAUGAAGACAUGUUACUCUUUUUCUUCUUCGAUACGUGUGUGAUAAUAAUGUGAUGUCAUAAGAUGUUGUCGAUUUUCCACAGGCUGUCAAAAUUGUAAAUAAUCAGAGCCUGGUUCCUUUGUAAUUCUAUCAGGUUUCUUUCUAUGAUGGAUACGUCUAAAUCAAAUAUUGUACAAAUUGUCCACUAAUCAUUUCUUGAGUGAUUUUCAAUUUCAGACAUUUAAAUGUCUCUGUAAUCAAGGCAAGUAUUCAAAAUCACUGAAUUUCUUUUUCCAAAUAACUAUCAGUUUGUAUAGGUUUUGUCAGUGUACCUCGGUGCUAUAAGACCAGACCAUGUUUGCUGUGUAGAACCUGAUUGUCAGGAAAUAGCAGAUUACGUUAGAGAGCAGCUCAAAUGUUCAGUGUCAGAUAUAAAUCUGAACUCCUUAAAUUACGUUUUACUGCUCUAAUCUGAUAAGAGAUCUAGUUGUCACAUUUGAACCCUGUAAUUGAAAAGCAUUACUAUGGUACCAGAUGGAAGGUAAUCUCAGCUGUUUUAGUUUUGCUCUGUAAAUUAGUGUUGAUAUAACCAAUACAAUGGUACUUAUAUGCAACAAUUGUACUCUGUUAAUACAAUAGCACCUUCAUUUGUAUUUUGAUUAUCUCAAGGACAUUCUUCUUGGAAGUCAAAUCUUCACUUAAAUAUUUCCAGGGUUUAAUUGUAUGUUAAAAACUAAGGCCAGACCAAUUUUAUUUCUUGUUUUACAGAUUUUUGUCCUCAGAAAACCUAAAGGGAAAAAAAAUAGAAAUCCCCAGUCAAUGUAAUAUUCCUUUAAAAUACUAAAAGUAUUUUAUUUUUGGCAAUAUAUGAAGUGUGUAUGGGGCAAAAAAACAAUCAAAAAAGUUUUUCUUGGUAAGUUUACAUUUUUGGCCAAUAACAACAUGGGGAUUUUAUUUUUUGAGCGGGGAAAAUUAAUUUCUUUUCUUUCUUAUUCUUGAAAAAAUAUGACCGGCGGAUCUGUAAAACAAGAAAUUGGUCUGGCCCGAAGAGUUUUAGUUUUUCAUCUGGCACUAAAUUAUGGACUGCUUAACAUAUGGACUGAUACUUCCACUGUGAUGUAAUAAAGACGGUUUCACUAACUCCCCAUCAGCUGUGUACAUAGACUCUCCUUGUCUCUCCCAACAUGCAUAUCAUUGUUUUAGUGGGCUGCACAAGAUGUUCUUAGCAGGUCUUCAAUGUACAGAAUUGUUUUAUCAUAUGUUUGUAAACUCACAAGUUUGACCAUGUAUCAUUAUUUUAUUCCGGCUGAUAUCUAACCACAGAGUUUCAAAUUAGGACUUGGCAUCAGUGGCAUCAGUGGAUCUGUAGUACAGUUUACGAAAUUCUUGAAAACAGCAAAAGUGGAUUUUUUUAACAGUUAUUUUGUUAAAUAUGUUGUUUUUAAGUAUACGGGACAUUGUUAGUUAUUCUCUUUUGAUUUUAUGUAUUUUAUUUUUCCCAAAUACUCAUGGAUGCAAAAUAUUGCUGUUUUGGCAAAUAAUAAGAGUUACCUCCCUUUCACUACAACUGUCACUCAACUUGCUUUUGUUUGGAAUGUUUGUUCUACGUUUUGUGUUCAUCAGAGAAUCCUAUGCUCAGAAAUUUAUCCAGUGUUGGUCUUCCUCAAUUAUGUAUCUUUUCGUUCAAUUUUCACUCUUAUUUACCUUUCACUGAUAACUCUUAGUUAUUCUUCAUGAAUGUUUCACAGUGAUAGUCUUUGCACUUGAGUUUCCUUUCGUAACUUGUUGACUAGAAUCUUUCAUGAAAAUAAAAACAGAUUUUCUUUUAAGAAAUAUACAGAUAGCUCAAGAUGACUUAUGUGAUACAGUUCAUGUCUGUCUCAUCAUGACAUCAUUUAUAUCAUCCAAGUAGGUCAGUGACUGUUCUUCAAAAUCUCUCUUGUGUUUAGUCUUAAAGACUAAGAACAGAUAAUAGAGAUCUUUAAUAUGAAAAAAGGAAAUUAUAUCCAGAAGUCCAAAUACUUACUUCUCCUGCUUUGGAGAUCAUUUCAUUUCUAAUUCUUUGACAUAAUUUCUUGUAAAUAUUUCUGACUUAUAUGAAAUUAAGUUCAUCGGUCUGAAGCAUGUUAGUGUCCUAUCUACUGAUUGAUAUCUGAUUUCAUAUGUGGAUGAGUGAAUUGAAGAUUUCAAUCUGACAGUUAAAAAGAUUACUCCAAACAUCAGUUAUGCAACCGUUUCCAUGUGUUUGCCCCAUUUCUUACUCUGAUAAUGAUUUAUGGUUUAUUAGUGUGGAAAUCUCCAAUAGGAUAUCGUCCCAACAGGAACAUGACUGUCUGGUGUUUGUCUGAUGCUCUCUGGCCCUUUCUGAUUGUCUCCUUCAUCCCUGUAUAUAGACACCCAGUCCCAUAGUGAACAUGAGAACAGAAUUAAUUCAAUAGUUGGAAAUAGAAUCAAGUGAAAUACGUAUAAAUGCUGAAUCAGGAUUAACUCUUGCUGUGUGAUGUCAUAGGGCAGCAUUUGUGUCGACAUCACUGGCCGUACAGGUUAUAUAUGGAAUAUAGUGCUACCAGUUGUUAUCAAGUUUUGUGAUUAGGGUAAAUUUUGUACAUAAAUUAAAUCUUAUGCUUAGAGAAUGUAUGUGGCAUUGUUUAUCCUUGAUUUAUUUUUGUGCAAAGUUAUAUUUUCCAUUAAAGCUGUCACUUAUUAAGGAGUGCCAAAAUCUGUUUGAAUGCUGAUAUGUGAACUGUUUUUCUGAGGUUAAAACACAUCCUAUUGUUUACCUAAACAUUGCUUUUGUUUUUAAAAUAUGAUAUGCUGUAGUUGUUUAAAAGACACGUAUCCAAUAAGAUGAUAAGUGAUUCAUUCAAUAAACAGACACAAGGGACCAAAGUUUCAUCACAUCAAGCUGAAGUCCCAUAUCCUCCUUGACAUCUUCUUCCAUGAUCCUGUCUCACAUGUAGAAUUCACUUUGUUGUGACGCUGGGACCGUUUACCAUUUCCAUGAGAUGUACACCUUUAUUCCAAUUAUGUAAGGAAUUCAUCAGAAGCCCAGACCACACCUCCACAAUCAAAUUCAAGAAGCUGCAAAUGUAUAAUAUUUUCACAUUUGAAUCAUAGAUAUUUGAAUAUUGAUGUGAUGUUGACCUUUGAAGUUUCAUCCCGAUUCUAGAAUUCAUGAAACCAUUUUCUGUUCAUCACGAUUUCCAUAUGCUCCAGAAUUGUUGUUCCCUUUUAUGGUUGACCUUACAUGGGUACCGUAAAUGUUACCAGUGUGAUGAAGCUUUAACUUUGUCCCAUAAUACAGGUGUUCCAAGUAUUUUCCAAUAUCUUCCUGCAUCAAAGUCGACCAUUGGAACAUGAAAUGUUGAAUUUAUACAUAGUCCUCAUCCUUCUCACCCUUGAAAUUGAGCAGUGUACAGAUGAUUGUUUCCAUUGUGCUGCUUGUGACUGCCUCGCUGGAGUGAACACAGAUUCCUGUUGAAACUUGAGGUAACCUAUGGACAGAUGUAGUAUUUGUGAAGGAUGCCUUUAAAUCAGGGUUUUAUUGAAAUGGCAAUACAGGGCAGUGAAGUAAGUAACUGGGUAACAGACCAUAUGGAAAGAUAUGAAAUAGUUGGAAUAGGAAAGGUAAGAAACAAGAUACAUAGGGUAAUGUAUAUUACAUAGUAUUACAGUGCAAUAACACCGUAUUGAGAUAGGGGCACUUGGAUAUCGGUUUACGCUAUUCUUCCACAUAGGUUUGUUUACACACAAGCAGCCACUGUCUUUCAACUCGGAUGUUUAGUGGAUGAUGGACCAAUGAUGAGGAUAAAAUAUCAGUUUCACAGGGUAUAUUUACGACUAUAAGUUGUCCAAGUUAGGGAAAGCAUGAGAUGAUGAUGUGACGUCUACAGGGAUAUUUAUCUGCAAUACUCGACAUAAUGUAUGUCUAGGCUAAGGAUGCCUCCAGUACACUACAUUUCCUGGCUUUGCUGUAAUUACCAGUAAAUAGUUCUGCUUGUAACCUAAACCAGUAUAACCAUUAUGCUCGAGAUGUUAAGCGAGUUAUGCAAGGGGGAUAACUCUAAUCCUGCUCUCCAUCCUCUGCACAGGGAAAGUUGAAUUAGAAUUGAUGCUGAUGCAGAGGACAGCAAUAAAGUCUUUACCAUUUGUGUAGUGGUUUACCUGAUACUCUAUUCUGUAUACUUAGUUGUCAAUCACAUGGAUUUCCAUUUUCAUCACAGGAUCUUUGUGGGCUAGCCUAGUGGUUAAAGCAUUCAUGUGUCAGUUCCGUGUUUGUCUCCCCACAUGGGUACUAUAUUUGAAGCCCAAUUUUUGUGUUCCUUGCUGAGGAAAUUGCUGAAAUAUUCAUAGAAGCAGCAUAAAUCCAUACUCACUCAUUCCAGGAUCUGUUAAAUAAUAGAAGUAAAGUCCUGACACGGGCCUUACAGAAGUGUUAUCUUCCUGACCUUGUGUCCAUCUGCCUAACCUCAAGCACAUGGACAGAGAGGCUCCCUAUAUAAUUCUUUGUAUAUACAGACUGCCAUUGCUUGCUAAGGUGUACUCUGUGCAUCAGGUGUACACAGCUUUAUUUAUUAAUCUGUAUAUGCUGCGACAGUCUCAGAGUUGUCCUUUGUGGUUCUCAAUCAAAACUACAAUGUCUUUUUAUGUGGAAACUUUUAUUGUUAAACUUGCUCAACCUUUUAGAUAAAUUUUGGCCACUCUGCUACAUGUUACUUCAAAUUAAUCUCAGUAUUGUUGGUGUAGAUCGAGGCUGAAGCAUGCACUUGUAUAUGGACAUAUCUAAUCACAUUCAAUGCAAGGUUGUAAGUAUAAUUUAUCUCAGUAGACCUGUAGACUGCACCUCUGUAAGUCAACACUGGUGUCAAGUUGUCCUUGAUGCUGUAUAUUGCCAUGUGUUAGUGAAAUGUAUGUCGGACUUGUGCCGUCAAACUCGUCAUUGCAAAUCAUGAAUAAAGAAAUGAAAUAUCUCAAUGUCAAA